ACCUAAGCCACAAAUCCUCCACCUUUUGCCACUUGAGCUAGGCCUUGGGGGCUCAUUGGGAACAAUUAGAGUUAGUAUUUUUUGCUCUUCCUUAUCUUUUUUUCUCAUCUUAUAAGCUUGGAUAAUAUUUUUUUUUGAUGACUGUGGUGUCCGGGCCAGCUUUCGCGCACCUCGACUAAUUCCACGGGAUACCUACUACCUACCACCAACAACAGGUACCAAGUAAGUCCAUCAAGGCUAGGACAGAUGGGAAGAAUCAACUAGUUUUUUUGUCUCCACUAAGUUUCUGAAAUGAGACCUCAGGGUUAUCAACCACUUCAUUGACCACUAGGCCACACCCUUGGAUGAUAAGCUUGGAAAAUAUCACCACCUGGAUUCUGGUGAUUUCUUGGUGAGAGGUUGUUGAAAAGCAUGAUGUUUUGUUGAACUAGAGUUCCAUCAUUUUCAUUCAUUUCUUGAAGUUCAGAGUUGAUUCUUCUUCUUGGCAUUAGGUGAUCAGUUGGAAGGCAAUGAGGAGGAGCAUGAGAAAUAUCGAGCUAUGACUGUAAAAUUUAUCAGGAAUAACCGUGAUACGUUUGAGCCUUUUAUUGAAGAUGAUGUACCAUUUGAUGAAUAUUGUGAGUCCAUGGAGAAGGAUGGCACUUGGGCUGGACAUAUGGAAUUACAAGCAGCUUCUCUUGUUACUCAUACCAAUAUAUGCAUUCACCGACAUAUGUCACCUCGCUGGUACAUACAGAAUUUUGACAACCGUGAAUCUCGGAUGCUUCAUCUUUCUUAUCAUGACGGAGAGCAUUACAAUAGCAUCCGGCUAAGGGAAGAUUCUUGCACUGGACCAGCUAGCCCGAUUAUUAUCAAGGCUGAUGCUGAUCUUUCAGCAAAAUCUCGUGAAUCUAUAGCUGCUGCCAAGUCUAAGGGAGACACUAGUCGGAAUAUGGUUCCAGUAGGAUCAGUCAAAAUGGUUAUGGCUGGAAGUGGGUGUGAUAACAAACAAAAAGUGGAGCAGGUUUUACGACAAGUUGGUGGUGAUGUUGAUGCUGCAAUAGAAUUUCUAAUCGCAGAACAAGGAUCUGAGGACCAGUUAAAUGCAAAUGAUAACAUUUCUUCUCUGGCAAGCACUUCACAAGGGUCUCCAGGAGAGCAUGCUAUCAAAUCUGGAGACUCACCUUGUAAAAAAGGUUCCUCUGACUGUAGUGUAAAAGGAGCUUCUGAUGAACACACCUCCCAGGAAGAUGAAAAGAAAAUUCCAAGAAAUAAGGCCUGUCCCUGUGGUUCAAAGAAGAAAUACAAGUCUUGCUGUGGAUCAGUUGCUGGAAAACAUCCUACUAGCUUUACAGUCAACCAUACAAUUGAUUAUGGAAAGGAUCGGAGAGACAAAAAGCAAGGAAAGAAAGUUCCACCUGUCAAUGUUACGACUUCAAAACAAUCUGAUGCAAGGCCACCUGACAUGGGCGCGCUUUGUAUAUAGUCAGUAUUUUUGAGGUUUUCAUGUUCAUACCAAUUUAUCCUCGGCUUUAGAAUAUGGAUGAGAUGUCACAAUUUCCCUGUGGCUGGCUCACAAACAUGAUUUCUUGAGGCUUGAUCUCCCAAAGUACCGUAUUUGAUAUUUCGUAGUUGCUGAUUAUUCCAUAUACUGUUUUGGAGGACCAUCAGAUCCUACAGUACUUUGUGAUCCUCCAAGGACUUGAUUCAUUGGAAGUGGGAACAUGGAGUGAGAAUCCAAGAGGAAUUCAAUCAACUAAUUAUUGAUUUGUGAGGAAUGACUUCCAUUCAUUUUCAAGAGUACCUUGGUAUUGGCUGGUGCAACUCGCAAAACCUAUUUUAUACUCUUCAGGACUUUUAACAUAUCUGGUUUCCGGUCCUAUUUCAAUUACUUAGUUCCUUUGGUUGUUUGGAGUGAGAAGUGAAAAAUGGAACAAGCGAAAUCGUUCUGGAGAACAGUUGACUUACGCAGCCAGAUCCAAGCAUUUCCUUGAGAUAAAAUAUGGCGAGUAUGAGAGAAAUGUAAUUGAUUGCAAGUGAACGCUCGUUUGUGCCUGAACUGCCAUUUUCCCCUUUGACUGGUGGCAUUGUUAGCUUUUUAAUGGCAUCAGUUUUUUUUUUCCUAAUAUUUUGUUAUGUUUAAGUUUUGCUUUAAUGCAUUGCUGUUGGUGUAGUUGAAGUUAUUCCAACUGUGUGUAUCAUCCAAUAUCCACCAAUAUCUAGGAUUUAUAUUA